CUCCACACCCUACUUCAGAGAAUUGCUUUCAACAACAGCGCUGGAGAUGAAGUGUCCUUUGAUGAACAACGAGAACUGAAAGGUGGAUUUGAUAUUACCAACUUGAUCACUUUCCCAAAUAACUCCUAUGUCAGAGUCAAGAUCGGGAGGCUGGAUCCUCAGGAUCCUCUUGGUAAAACAGUGAUGAUCGAUCAAGACAGGAUUAAAUGGAACAGACACUUUUCACAGGUGCCUCCUUUCUCUCUGUGUAAUGAUCCCUGCAAGCCUGGUUACAGCAGAAGAAGGAAGGAAGGGGAGAAAUUCUGCUGCUACCAUUGUGAUCUGUGUCCAGAAGGGAAGAUGGCAGACAAAGAAGACAUGGAUUAUUGUAUCAUUUGCCCUGAAGGUCAUUAUCCAAACCAGAGACAAGACCAGUGCCUUCCCAAGAUUUCAAACUUCCUUUCAUUUUCUGAACCUCUGAGCAUUGUUUUAGCCUUUUUAGCGCUUUUCUUCUCUCUGAUAACAGCUCUGGUGCUGAUGUCCUUCAUAAAACACAAGGACACUCCCAUUGUUAAAGCCAACAACCAGAGCCUCACCUACAUUCUGCUCAUCUCUCUUUUCCUUUGCUUCCUCUGCUCCUUGCUCUUCAUUGGACAGCCUAACAGGGUGACCUGCCUCCUCCGACAGAUGACUUUUGGCAUCAUCUUCUCUGUUGCUGUUUCUUCUGUUCUGGCAAAAACAGUGACUGUGGUUGUGGCAUUUAUGGCCUCCAAGCCGGGAAACCUUUUCAAAAAAUGGGUGGGGAAACAAUUGGCACGUUAUAUUGUUAUUUCUUGCUCCUUUGUUCAAGUUGGCAUUUGUGCUGUUUGGCUUGGUUCUUCACCUCCCUUCCCAGAUACUGACAUACAUUCACUGAGAAGAGAAAUCAUAGUGCAAUGCAAUGAAGGGUCAGUCACCAUGUUUUAUUGUGCCUUGAGUUACAUUGGAUUUCUUGCCACCUUCUGCUUCAUUGUAGCUUUUCUAGCAAGAAACUUGCCUGACAGUUUCAAUGAAGCCAAGUUCAUCACCUUCAGCAUGUUGGUCUUUUGCUGUGUUUGGCUGUCCUUUGUCCCAACCUACCUGAGCACGAAAGGAAAAGACAUGGUUGCUGUGGAGAUCUUCUCUAUCUUAGCUUCCAGUGCUGGCUUACUGGGCUGUAUCUUUUUGCCCAAAUGCUAUGUCAUUAUUCUGCGGCCAGAAUUGAACAGAAGAGAGCAGCUGAUAAGGAAAAAGCACUAA